AUUUAUGGCGGGGGGAGCCUCCGUGUCACUGGCCCUGCGUUGAACCGGCGAGAGAGUGAGCGUUUUUUUUGGGAAGUUUGAUUGGGUUGGCUUCGGCUCCGGAAGAUUAGGAUUUCGACGGAGAUCGGAGGCGAGGAGGAGCGCCGGUGCGGCAAGAUGAAGCGCAAGGAGUUGGAAGAGGGGUACGACGAGUUUAUGGAUUUCUCGCUUUCGUCACCGGCGAGGAAGAUACGAAGAUUGGAUGCCAGUGAGUUGCCACCGACCAUGGGAUUGGUUGAGACAGCAUCCGCCAUGACGUUCGAUGACCCUGUUUCUUGUGUUAGCGAUAUUGUCAUGCCGAGUUGGGAAUCUGUUCACGAGGAUGACUCACCUCCAUAUCCUUCCUACAACGAGGAGAGAGCUAUCGUUCUUUACAAGCCCGUGGAAUCACCACUAUUCUUGUCCCCUGGUUCAACAGAUCUUUCUCUUCGUGUCGCCUCGCACUUCAUUCCCUGUCUCAAAAAUCAUGUAUUGAAUCCGGGGAACCAGAGGCUUCAUGCGGAGGAAGAGGAGACAGAAGCUGACUCCAGCUCCUUAGCUAUUGUUCCAUGGGCGCCAUCCCAAGCUGCCAUGGCUUUCAGUGGGUUCGCACUUGAGCCGAUGGAGGCUGAAGACGCCGAAGUCACGCCCAUGCAAGUCGAGGAUACGAGGCAAGCAACUGGAUACAGUGAGGGAGGGGAAGGAUUCCAACAGGUGCCUCAGCACUGCAUGACCCCUCAGCUCCUUCCUAGUCUGUUUACAUGUUAGUUUCUUGGUCAAUUUUCUGCCUCUCAUUGAAUCGCGAGGGUGUUACUGUUCAUCAAUUCCCUGCCUUUGUGAUAGAAUUCAUGUGCACUCAGUCAGAGUUACCUUAGUACACAGAGUUAUCUUAAAAGGAAAGAAAAACAAAUCGAUUUUUCGUUUCUCAGUUGUAUUAGGUAAAUUAAGGCUAUUCUACUCCUAUAAAUGGGAAUUUAGGGUUAAGGCACAA